AUGUCAGUUCCAGAGAAAUUCGAAGCUAUCGGGGUUCAAGAUUUCGACAAAUGGCUCGAACCAAAACAUUUUUCUUAUACUCCUCAAGCCAUGAGACCAGAAGAUGUUGAUAUCAAGAUCGAAGCUUGUGGGAUCUGUGGUAGUGAUAUUCACGCUGCCAAUGGUGAUUGGGGCCGUCCAUAUACCCCACUUGCCGUUGGACAUGAAAUUAUUGGGGAAGUGGUGUCUGUUGGUGAGGGAGUAACCAGGUUUAAGGUUGGUGACAGAGUCGGGGUGGGUGCUCAAUGCGAUUCAUGUGGUAAAUGUUCUAGAUGUAACCAAGAUCGUGAACAGUGUUGUAAAGAUAUGGUCGGCACUUAUCUUGGUGUUUACAAAGAAACCGGUCUCCCAACUCAAGGUGGGUAUGCCAAUUACGUCAGAGUGAAUUCUAGAUUGGCAUUCAAGAUUCCAGAUAGUAUUGAUUCAGUUACCGCUGCUCCAUUAUUAUGUGGUGGUAUCACUGGGUUCAGACCAUUGAUGACUGCGGGAGUGAAGAAGGGUACCAGAGUCGGUGUCAACGGUAUUGGUGGGAUUGGUCAUAUGGUGAUUAUGUUUGCCAAAGCCUUGGGGGCCGAAGUUACUGCAAUUUCCAGAAGCGAUGCCAAAAGGGAGUUGGCCAAAGAAAUUGGCGCCGAUCAUUAUAUCUCCACCGGUGAAGAAGGUUUCAGUGAAAAAUACUGUGAUUCAUUGGACUUGGUCGUCAAUACCGGUUCAUCAUUUUCUGAAGGUAGUAUCAAUGGUAUCCUUGGUUUAAUCAGACCAUUUGGUAGUAUGAUUUUUAUUACUGCACCACCAUCCAAUGAAAAUUUGGUCAUUGCACCUUUCGACUUACUUCUAAAGAGUAUUAGUAUUGGUGGUUCAGGUAUCGGUUCACCAAAGGAUAUCGAAUACAUGUUGGACUUUGUUGCUAAGCAUCAAAUUAAACCAUGGAUCGAAACUAUUGACAUCAGCGAAGAAAAUGUCACCACUGCAUGGAAAAGAAUGGUUAAAGGUGACGUAAAAUUUAGAUUUGUCUUGACUGGGUACGACAAAUACUUUAAAUAA